GGUGUUGAGCAGAAUUCAAGUUACGACAUUCAAAUGUAUCUACACCCUUUGAUUCGCUUUUUUUAGGCGAUCCGAUGACCUGAAGGGCCAUGCAAGUCUUGAAGGAUAAGCUUCACCAUAUAGGCCAUCAUCAUAGCCCAAAGUUAAGUCACGGCGAUAAACGAAAUGGGUCCAAACAAAAGGACAAGGAGGAAAAACGUAAAGGUGACAAAGAAGAUGGAGGAGAAGUACAGUGGUGCUUUUCGCAGGUAAAGGGGACAUUAGACGAGGAUCUCACAGAAGCUGAUAUCGUUUCAACCGUUGAAUUUAACCACGAUGGCGAGCUUCUUGCAACUGGUGAUAAGGGAGGCAGGAUUGUUAUCUUUCAGAAAGAAGAAGCGCCGAAGGGAUCGCAGCAUUAUGGUGAAUACAACGUGUACAGUACUUUCCAAAGUCACGAACCAGAGUUCGAUUAUCUAAAGAGUUUGGAGAUCGAAGAGAAGAUAAAUAAGAUCAAGUGGUUAAAGCGGCGAAACGCGUCGCACUUUUUGCUCUCAACUAAUGAUAAAACUGUUAAAUUAUGGAAAAUUUCUGAACGGUGCUUUGCUGCGAGUAACUUCAACCUACGAGAUGACCAGGGGGUACCAAGAAAUCCUGAGGACGUAACAUCACUGAGGGUACCUAUUUUUAAGCCCUCUGAGCUAGUGGUGGAAGCAAGUCCUAGAAGAGUAUAUGCAAAUGCUCACACAUACCACAUCAAUUCGAUAUCACUAAACAGUGAUGAUGAGACAUACCUAUCCGCAGAUGAUCUGAGGAUCAACUUGUGGCAUCUUGGGAUCAAUGAUCAGAGUUAUAAUAUUGUUGAUAUCAAACCAGCAAACAUGGAGGAACUCACUGAAGUAAUUACAGCAGCAGAGUUUCAUCCAAUAGAGUGCAGUACAUUUGCAUACAGUAGCAGUAAAGGAACUGUCAGGUUAUGUGACAUGAGACAAUCUGCAUUGUGUGACAGGCAUACUAAAAUGUUUGAGGAACCAGAGGAUCCUGGGGCAAGAUCUUUUUUCUCAGAGAUCAUUUCAUCAAUAUCAGAUGUGAGAUUCAGCCACAGUGGCCGGUACAUGUUGACGCGUGACUACUUAACUGUUAAAGUAUGGGAUCUUAACAUGGAAAGCAAACCAGUGGAGGUCUACAAUGUUCAUGAUUACCUUAGAAGCAAGUUAUGCUCACUAUAUGAAAAUGAUUGCAUCUUUGACAAGUUUGAAUGUGUUUGGAAUGGAAAUGAUGGGUCCAUAAUGACUGGUUCUUACAACAACUUCUUUCACAUCUUUGACAGAAAUGAUAAACAGGAUGUUUGUUUAGAGGCAUCACGGGAGUUUAGUAAGCCACGGCAGAUUUUGAAGCCUCGUCGUGUAGCAGUAACGGGAAAGAGAAAGAAAGAUGAUAUCACAGUAGAAUGCUUGGACUUUAGUCAUAAGAUUCUUCACACUGCUUGGCACCCACAAGAGAACAUUAUAGCAGUAGCAGCAACAAAUAAUUUGUACUUAUUCCAGGAAGCCCGAACAUAACUCUUGUAACUGUUUAUAGGAUGCUUUUUUUGUAAUGAUAACAGACAAUUUUGAAUUUAGGUGUAUCUAAAUUGAUGGUAUCAUAUUGUGUAAUGGUUUACACAGCAACUGUUAGGUAAUUGUCAUUUGUGAAGAUUUUGAGAAUACCAUGUAUUCUGUGGAGUUAUGAAAAAUUCAUUUUGUUGGCAUUUUGUAGAAAUUCUGCAUAAAUUGAGUUGCCAUCAGUUCUUUUAACCUGGACUGUUUGCUACAUGUAUAGCCAGACUGAUUGCUUUUUUCCUUUUUUUCUUUUUUUGUUUGUUUUUUUGUUUUGUUUUGUUUUGUCACUUCAUAUUCAGAAAACUGUUUUACCUUUAUCGGGAAAGGGGUAGCUCCUAAAUCUUCAUUUGAAAAGUGAUUUUCACAUCGUGUAAAUAUUAAAAGCAUUACUUGUUAGAUGAGAGCAGCUUAAAAUUCAGGUGACUUGUGGGAGUGAGUUUAUAAUGUAACCUAAUUAAUUUCGAGAACUAAUCUUUGGACUAUUGCUUACAUUCUAGACACAUUUUUUUCUUAUUUAAAUUUAAACUUUACAUGCGUUCUUUUAGGUCUCUUAUUUCUCUGGGUCACUGUAAUGCCAAAAAAAAUAGUAACAGUGUUUCAUUUAACUUUUCCUUUCUUGUUCUUUGACUUGGUGGUGUUGUGGUAUUUUUUAUUGUGACGAUAAUACCAUGCAGUAGUAUUCAAUACAUUUAUUAGUGUGGACACACCUUGAUACUUGAUUUCUUCAUCAUUUGUUGUGAACAUUUUCCAAGCCUGACAAGUGAUACUGUUUCUCCUCAACAAGAUCGAUGAUGUUUUUUAGCGUUAGUAGCUGGACUAUUUAAAUGGAGAAGAAAGAAUAUAUUGAUUUGUAACUGCUUACAAUUAAAAACGAUUUUGUUUUUAUAA